UUUAUUUUCAACCUGGAUAAAGUGCAUAUGGUUUUAGAUGAGAUGAUAUUGAAUGGUUACAUUGCCGAGACCAGUCAAGCAAGAAUUCUAGCGCCGUUACAACUGCUGACGUCUGCAAAGAAAUGAUUAGAAAGAUAACAAUGCAUGUGCAGGAACCAAUUCAGAAACAAGAAUAUCACAAUACAAAUCUAUGAAGAUAGAAAAAGAGGUUAUUUUUAGAUGUCACCUUUGAUAUCAGUUGGCAUUCAACAAGACGGGACUAAGCUUAGGACAAGUACUGAUAACACAAGUCAAAGUAGAGCUGUUCAACACACCGUUUGAUAGAACUUGUACACAGAUGAUUAUGUAUUGUAAAACUAUCAAUAACAAUAAAGCUAUGGAACAGGGAAUUAAGCAAACAGAAGAGAAAUGCUAUAAAUGUGGUUUUUGUGAUUAUGCUUGCAAUAGACGCAGUUCUCUGACAUUACAUUCGAGAAGACACACUGGCGAAAAACCGUUUAAAUGUGGCGUUUGUGGUUUUGCUUCUACAAAACCCUUUGUUCUUAAAAUACAUAUGAGAACACAUACUAAAGAGAAACCCUUUAAAUGUGAUAUUUGUGAUUAUACAUGUAGUCAAAGCCGUUAUCUAAAGAUUCACAAGAGAGUGCAUACUGGAGAACAACCAUUUCGUUGCGGUAUUUGUGAUUUUAGAUGCUCUACAAGGGGUAUUCUAAGGAGUCAUGUGAGAAUGCAUACUGGAGCGAAACCAUUUAAAUGUGAUAUUUGUGGUUUUGCAUCUAGCGCUUUCUUUUCUCUAAAGUCACAUAUUAGAAAGCAUAUUGGAGAUAAAUGCUUUAAAUGUAAUGUUUGUAAUUAUGCAUCUUGCCAAAUGAGUGGUCUAAACAUACAUAUGAGAAAACAUGCAGGAGAAAAAGGCUUCAAAUGUGAUGUUUGUGAUUAUGCCAGUUAUUCUAAAGGUGGUCUGAAAGCACAUAUUGAAGCAAAGCAUUCAGAUGCAAAACAAUUUAAAUGUGAUGUUUGUGAUUUUGCGUGUAAUUUAAGAGGUAAUUUAAAGAGGCAUAUGAGAAUUCAUACAGGAGAGAAACCAUUCAAAUGCGACACUUGCGAAUAUGCAAGCAAUUAUAGCAGUAGUCUAACAAAUCAUAUGCGAAUACAUUCAGGAGAGAAAGGCUAUAAAUGUGAUUUUUGUGAUUAUGCUUGUCAUUCAAAUAGUGAUCUGAAGAGACAUACAAGAAAACAUACAGGAGAGAAACCUUUUAAAUGCGAAGUUUGUGGCUUUGCUUGUUGUUCAAGCAAAAGUUUAAAAAUGCAUAAGAGAAUACAUACAGGAGAGAAACUAUAUGAAUGUGAUGAUUGUGGUUUUGCAUGCAGUACAUGCCAUACUUUAAAAGUACAUAUGAGAAAACAUACAGGAGAAAAAGGCUUCAAAUGUGAUGUUUGUGAUUAUGCCAGUUAUUCUAGAAGUGCUCUGAAAGCACACAUGGGAACAAAGCAUUCAGAUGAAAACCACUUUAAAUGUGAUGUUUGUGAUUUGGUGUGUAAUGCAAAAGGUAAUUUAAAGAAGCAUAUUAUGAGAAUUCAUACAGGAGACAAACCAUUUAAAUGUGACACUUGUGAAUAUUCAUGCAAUUAUAGUAGUAGUCUAAAAAAUCACAUGCUAAUACAUUCAGGAGAGAAAGACUAUAAAUGUGAUAUUUGUGAUUAUGCUACUUACAGAUAUAUUGAUCUGAAGAGACAUAUGAGAAAACAUUCAGGAGAGAAACUUUUUAAAUGUGAUCGUUGUGAUUUUGCAUGUAGUUCAAGCAAAAGUUUAAGAAAGCAUGGUGGUACACAUACAGGAGAAAAAACUAUAUGAGCCGCGCCAUGAGAAAACCAACAUAGUGGCUUUGCGACCAGCAUGGAUCCAGACCAGCCUGCGCAUCCGCACAAUCUGGUCAGGAUCCAUGCUGUUCGCUUUUAAAGCCUAUUGGAAUUGGAGAAACUGUUAGCGAACAGCAUGGAUCCUGACCAGACUGCACGGAUUUUAGCACAAAUGCCUUAAAUUGAGUAGAUUCGACUUAUUAGCAUAUUCUUGUAUAAGUGCAGUAUCAGCGGCGCUAAAAUAACCAAUUGAAGGUAUCUGAAAAACCAAUUUCUGAUAUAAUACGGAAUGGCGAAUGAAGCGUAUUCACGCAAUCUGGGUCAUAACUCGCGCAGCCCAUCAGAGUGUGAAAAACUCUACAAUACUAAAUGGCUGGCGGCUGACUGGUAUUCGUAAGGAAAUCAACCUGGUCUGCAAAUAAACAUGCAUAGGUCUACAGUAUGACAUAAAAUCUAUGUUUGAAAAUACAUAUUGGAACAAAGCAUUCAGAUGAAAAAUACUUCAAAUGUAAAACUUGACAUUUUGCAUGUAAUUCAAGAGAUCAUUUAAGAGGCAUAUGAGAAUUCAUUCAGAAGAGGAGCCAUUUAAAUGUAACACUUGUGAAAACCAUGCAUGCUCGCCAACUUUAAAUUGCCUAUAUUGGAUAUAUACACAAGUAUUGAGUAUACAAUAUACUGACUUAAGGUUAGGGUUAGGUUUAACAUAGAUUUAAAAGUUUACAUUUAAUGUGUGCAUACACUCUGAGGGAAAAUGCUUGAUACACAAGCAUAUUGUAUGCAAAUUGUAAAUUGCAGAGACAUUGGAGAAAACAUACAGGAGAGACACACUAUAAAUGUAAUAGUUUUAAAUAGUGUGCUGGAGGUACACUUUAGAAAACAUACAUGAAAGAACGUUAUAACUCUACUUUGCAUUUAAAAUUAUGCCCUUUUUUCGACAGGACAGUUUUUGGUUAAGUUUUUGUUUAUAAGCUGGCAUCUCAUACGCACUAAUGGGAAUGGAUUUAAACUUAACAUGCUGUUCACUGUCAUGAUGUGACGUGCAAUGCACAGGUUCCAUUAUUCGACCUGUCACAUAGUGACAAGGUAAACUCCUUUGAUCUCUCUUCAUCUGUUGUCCGUUGUUCAUCCACAGUUUCUUGUGAACACGAUAGAGACCACAUUUUGCAAUAGGUUUACACACAAAUUGUUUGGCAUAGUAUCUGGUUUCCUUUUGAAAACUGGCCAGAUUGCAUCAUGAGUUCCAGAGUUAUGGCCUUUUUAAGUGCCAUAAUUGCCAUUUUGGCUUUUCUAGCCAUAUAGAAACUUCAUUUAUGGUUUUAUUUGAUAUAUACUUUAAAAAUGUCUUUAACAAUAUUAGAUCUUAGUUUCCAUGAUGACUCUGUCAGAUCCAAUCAUAGAUUCCGGAGUUAAGGCCCCUGAUUGACCCCUGAAAGUGCCAGACCUUGUUAAUUUUACCUUGUGGACACGAUAGAUGUGACAUGUUACAUUUGAUUAAAAGGAAACAAACUUACAAAUAAUUUAAGUCACAGUAAAAUAUCUCUUCCUUUUGAAAAUGGGUUAGAUUUCUUCUAGAGUUACUGCUCCUGAAAGGGGCAAAAGUUUCUAUUAGGCCCUUUCAGCCAUAUAGAGGUUUUCUUUAUGCUUUGAUUUGAUACAUAUGCAGAAUGUUUAUCUUGAUGAUCUUUAGGUCAAGUUAGAAACUGGGUCAUAUGGGGCCAAAAAAAAUAGGUCACCCGUUCAGAUCUAAGGAAAAGCUUGUAAAUGCUGUAGAGGCCAUAUUUAUGACCUAAUUUUACAAAAUUACGCCACCUUUUCAACUUCUAUAUUUAUUCAAUCAACAGGGCUGUUGAAUAGUCGAGCAUUGCUGUCCUCUGAGAGCUCUGGUUUCACUUGCAGUUCAGUUUCGAGACACUGUAUUUUGCUAUCCACGUCCUGCACCUCGGCACAUUCCCUGAUCCCCAGCCGUCUACAUCCAUUUACAUUUUUACCACCCUGUCCUCUGCUGCAUACAAACCGGUGUAUAAUGUCAUGUUUGGUUGUUUAACUGGAGUUAUUUAUAUCUGAUUACCUCCCCUGAUUUUAAUCAAAAUGGAAUUAUAUCAGUAAGUACUUAUAGGACUCAUUUGAAAUUUCAUUAUUGUUAUUAGUUAGACUCAGGCAAUCAGGAUAGGUAACUAUGGACUGAUUUUAUGUCAAAUUAUCUCCAUUUAUUUCAAAUUAGAAUGGGUAUGUCUCUGUAACUAAUGAAGAUACUGAUCUGAAAUUUCAUUUAUGUCAUCAGAUAGAUUGUCAUGCUAGUACAAAAAUGCAGCUUUUAAGCAGAGGACCCUCAGACUUGUUAUGGAGAUUGGCCGUAACUAGUAUGUGACCCAUAGGUCAAAAGGGACUGUUAAAUACAAGAAAAUAUUUAUCUUGAUGAUAUUUAAUGUGUAUGCCUAUGUGAUCUAUGUCAAAACUUUAUCUUAUUAUUAAGAGCAAUGGUACUCAGAUGAGCGCUAUAGGGCCAACAUGGCCCUCUUGUUUAAUGAUUUUAAGAUUUUUUUCCACUAUUCCACUUGCAUAUUUUUUUAUAGGACAUUUGUGAUUAUGCAUGUUUAUCACAGAUGUGAUCUAAAAGUAAAUAUGGAAUACGAAAAGUUGAUUUGAAGUCUUAACUUGAACGAGUUCCUUGUUCCCACUUAUUAGUUUAUUUAUACAGUUGAAGAAUGUUGUAUGUAACAUGCUACAUUUAUAUAUUAUAUAUAUGAACAUGCUUUGUUAAAUACUUACGAAAAUGUAUAUAUACAUGUAUUGUGAUUAAAGUGUACAUUGUCAACUAAGUCACUUGUAAAAUUAAAACAGUUUUUCUUUAUUCUCAUUCUAAGGAUGUAUUUUAAGAUUUUAUGGAACAUGUUGAUAAUUUGUCUGUUAGAAAUGAUUACUUUUCAUGAAAACCGGGGAAUGCCGAAAUACGGAGAUUCCUAGAAUAUGAAAAUGAACGGAAACUGCCGAUUGUCAUAACAAGUCCACUACAUUUUUAUCCCUAUCUGCAAGUUUAGAUCAUGUUAACUUGCAAAGAAUGCAAAAUAUUCAGGUGGUGCUUGGUAUGAUAAUUGACUGAUGACCAUUUGGAAAUUUAUCUUAUCAUACAUCCAUCAAACUUCCUUGUCCUGCGCUUGGUGACUUUAUAGGUGGAAUGACUUUCCCAUUCCAUUACUUUGAUAAAUUGUAUUCACCUUUUUCCCUUGUUAGAUUUCUCUUUCAAUAUAUUUUAGAAGCUCAUUAUAGCAUUUAUUUUAAACUUACCAAAAACUAUUAAGAUCAUAAUGUAAGUUGAA